CCGCCUCCUCUGAGCUGGGAGUGGGGCCUCUGAGCUCUGCUGCAGGAACUCGCCUGGCCUGGUGACUGGAGCCGCCACAGACAGGUUGGUCCUGACCACAGCCAGCUCUCAAGGUAUCCCAGCAACUCAGCUCUGAGUCCCAGACAGCUCUCAACUCCAGCCACCAAGCCAAACACUCCCCAAAUUCUCUCCCGGCCUCUCCUGCUGUCGAAGGGCCUGGAAGAGAAUCUUCUGCCAGCUGAUCCUACUUGCAUUUGGCGUCCUAGGCCUGAUCCUGUACUGGCACCCUGCAGUCAGGCACCUGGAAGUCUUCAUCCCCAUGGGUGUCUGCCCUUCGGCCAGAAUGCCCCUGCUGAGUGACAACUUCACAGGUCUCCUGCGUCCCUGGGCCCGGCCUGAAGUCCUGACCUGUACCUCCUGGGGGGCCCCCAUUAUUUGGGAUGGCACCUUUGACCCAGAUGUGGCCCAGCAAAAGGUUGGACAGCAGAACCUUACCAUUGGGCUGACCGUCUUUGCUGUAGGCAGAUAUCUGGAGAAGUAUCUGGCGCGCUUCCUGGAGACAGCUGAGCAGCAUUUCAUGGUGGGCCAGCGCGUGGUGUACUACGUGUUUACCGAGCGCCCGGCCGCCGUGCCACAUGUGGCGCUAGGCGAGGGCCGCCAGCUGCGCGUGGAGUACGUGGCCCGCGAGCAGCGCUGGCAGGAUGUGUCAAUGGAGCGCAUGCGCACGUUGCACGAGGCGCUGGGCGGGCGGCUGGGCCGCGAGGCGCACUUCGUGCUCUGCAUGGACGUGGACCAACACUUCAGCGGCCCCUUUGGGCCUGAGGCGCUGGCCGAGUCGGUGGCGCAGCUGCACGCCUGGCACUACCGCUGGCCACGGUGGCUGCUGCCCUUUGAGCGCGACGUGCGCUCGGCCGCCGUGCUGGCCCCUGGAGAGGGCGACUUCUAUUACCACGCGGCCGUGUUUGGGGGCAGCAUGGCGGCGCUACGCUCUUUGACGGCGCACUGCGUGCAGGCCAUGCGGCGGGACCGCGGGCGCGGCAUCGAGGCGCGCUGGCACGACGAGAGCCACCUCAACAAGUUUUUCUGGCUGCACAAGCCCGCGAAGGUGCUGUCACCCGAGUUCUGCUGGAGCCCGGAAAUCGGCGAGCGGGCGGAGAUCCGCCGGCCGCGCCUGCUCUGGGCGCCAAAGGAGUACGCCUUGGUGCGUGACUAGGGACUGGAGGCAGAGCCUGGCCUCAGCGCGGUGUCUGGCCUCCUCCUCUCUGGGACCCCUCUAGCCCUGGCCAACCCUCGCCAGCUAGGAUAUCUUUGACACCUGGACAGUGUGGAGUGGGAGUAACAGGAAAGGGAGACCCGAAGGGGGCCCCUAAGAAAGUAGCAUGGCACUCGGGGAGGGAGGUGGGUGGGAGACACUGGUGGAAGAGAGCGCUUUCCCUUUCCAUGGUAGGGGCAGGGAGACGGAGGUCCUGGCCUCUGGGAGCUUCCAACUUGAGAGAAAGAUGCCUUUCCCCCACUUUAAUAAAAACUGCAACAGUGCCUCGGGCUAGUAUUCUACAGACCUUCCACCUCUGACCUGGUUGAAUUCAUCUGAGGCUUCCUGAAGGGAUGUUUUAGCCACAUUUUUUGGAUAAGAAGACUGAGGCACAAAGAGGGAAACGUAACUGCCUAAGAACACAAAGGAUCUAACUGAGUUAGUCUGUGAUGUCAGCCAUGGGGAGCCAGGACUGGCACCUCAGGCCAUAGAGAGCUUCCUUUAGGCAUGAGCUACAGAAUCGGAAGUGGCAUGGAGUCAUGCAUGGCUUUGCCCUUUUACCUCCGUUGCCCAUAAGCAUGAAGAGUUUGUACUGUAUUUAAUAUUAAAAGGUCAUAUUCUGUUACACGUAAGGUCGCCAUGGGUCUGAGCAGACCCAACAACAAAAUAAAAUUAUUCCGAUACUGUCCUUAUGGCCCUUUCUCCUAGAGGCUCAAAGUCCUCUAGGAGACAUUUUCUGUCCUCGGGGCUGGUAAGGCUAAGUUUGGCCACACUCUGGGAAAUAAGUUUCCUCCCCCAUGGCUGAAAAACACUGGCUAGGAAUGGGAGCAUGAAGCCCUCUGGCCCUUCAGGAAAGGCGGCUUCUUUCUCUGUACACAGAGCCGAGGAGAUAAGGAAAGUAACCACUGGGAGCCCCUGAGAUACUGUCUGACAGCUGGGAAAACUGAGCCCUUAGAGGGUGGGCUUCUACCCCUGGUCUCCUGGAUCCUUUAUGUAGUAUUCUCAUCAACCUUGCAUUUCGACUGUUCCCUGGUAUGGCAGCAAUGCCAGGUAAUUUACCUCGCCCAACCCUGAUAAUUUUGACAAUCUGAUCAUUUUUUUACAAGCAGAUUCAGUUAUUGUUAACAUGAGAUAGAGCUCUCCCCUUUCAAUAGUAAUUCGAAGUUACCCAGUGCCUCUUACCUAAACUAGAUUGGCAAAACCCAGAAGGCGUUUCGGUUCUGGAUUAGAGAUGAAAACAAAGUAUGUGUGCCUAGGAACAGGUUAUUGUGUGAUGACUAUAGAGGUAGCACAGCCCCUCUCUGGUAGGAAAGUGUCCUUCAACUUAACCCUGCAACUUUCACACUGACCUUAACCCCUGGGCCACUGGAAACUGAGCGUGGGCCCGUAACUCUGUGGACUGUGGACAAGUUCCUUAUUUUUACUGCACCUUGGUUUUCUCAUAUGUAAAGUGGGGGUUCUAACUGCCCUCCUUGCAGGAGUUGUUGUGGUGCUCCAGAAAAUGUAAUUUGCCUGUUUCCUCUUCUCACCUGCCCUUUUUCCAGCAAGUUCAUGGAGUGCAAGGGAGUCACAAAAGAACAGUCAUUUCCUUUUUCAAAGGGGAAUAAAUGGCAUGGUUGUGUUGGGGGUAGCCUGUUGCCCUUAGUGCCCUUCCUGAGGAGGAGGAAUAGGUCAUAGA